UUCCAUCUUCUGAUAUAUCGCCAACCUACAGUAGGGAUGCUGAAUCUGAGUUUCUGCGAGGUGGAAAUAUACGCUGUACCGCUGGAAACGUCUUCUCCAAUGUCUUCUUCCACAACUACUACCAUGCCAACAACAUCCAAGACAUUGUCUACGACAAAAGUGACUACUUCACCAAUAGGUACAGCGUUCUGGGUCACUGUGUCCACUACUGCACAAACAUCCAACACAAUGGCAACACCAACAACAGCGACAGCACACCCAUCGGAAACAUCCACGCCUCCAUCUGGUGCAGCAGAGUCCCCCGAUAGCAGGUUCCCGUUACUGUACGUCAUUAUCGUGGGUGCUGUGGCUGCUGGUGUCGUCACUGUUGCGGUUGUUGCUGUUGCGUGUGUGAGGAGACGGAAAGGGAAAAGGCCCCAAGACAAGAACGCUGAAGAAGCAGUUGUGCCAUCUUAUGAAGAGUGCAUAGCGGAACCCGUCGAUCAUACUCGGUACCAGAACAUACAAAGCCACAGAACACUUAGAGGAUGGUCAGAUCAAGGAUCCAUUUAUGUUAACACGACAACAACUACCAGUCUUGAGAACAUUUCUGAAAACGAAUGCACCUAUGUCAACAACGAAUACGUUAAUGAUCAGAAUGUGUCAACAGGAACAUCAUGCUAUGUCAACGUUGGUUCUAAUAAUCAAGACAUCGGUGAAGCGGGAGAAUCAAUCAUGUAUGUUAAUACUAAUGAUUUUAGUCUGUACAAAAAUACCCCAAAUAUCCUCACUUAAGAUUGGUGCCUGCUGUCGUUCAGGUGAAAAAUAACUCGCAUGGAGCUAUUAACGUUGCGGUAUCUUCCGUUAAGACCAUCAUAUUCUAGUACUUUGCCCAUAUGGGCGAGGGUUAUGGAAGGACAAAUUAGAAGUGAUCACAUUUUCGAACACUUAAAAUAAUUCAUUGACAUAAUGUUUUUGGAAGUGGGAUGUUUUGGUUUUUCGAAUCCUAAUCCAGCCCUCUGUGACAACCACCAAUAAUAACUUAAUGAUUCAAUAUUCAAAGUUCAAAACACCUUAGAGUCAGUAGAGGCCAGAUCUGGUGAACCUCGACGAAGAGGUUCGUUCCAACAACACCGCACAUAAGUGUGACAACGUCCCGCUAAUUCUGUUUUAGAACUCCUUUCCAUCACAUGUUCAUGCACUCAUAUAAUACUUAUAAAGCUUAAUAAAAUGGUAAAAGUGGUGCGUUUGUACACGGUACCAUUUAACGAAAA